AUGGCGGCGCUCUCUCUAACUCCUUCCAAUCUCAGCCACGUCUCUUCGAGCCGCCAUCGCCGCCACAACGUCCUCCUCCUCGGCCGCAUCCGCCCUUUAGUAACUUCCACCCCCAAAUCAACUCGCCUGAAGCAAAUCUCCGCCGGGAAGCUCCCCUUCUCCCCGCCGCCAUCCCCUCCAGGAGAGCUCUACCAGCCCUUCAGACCCCCGCCGUCUCCGAUUCCGCCCAAGUACCGCUCCCUCGACCCCGCCGAGCGUCUGGAGGUCCUGCGCAACCGCCUCGGGCUCUGGUACGAGUACGCGUCGCUUAUUCCUCCCCUGUCUCAGGAGGGGUUCACCCCCGCUUCGGUGGAGGAGCUCACAGGCAUCUCCGGGGUCGAGCAGAACUGUCUCAUCGUUGCCGCCCAGGUCCGCGAUUCGCUGCAGUCCUCCAAAUUUGAUCCCGACCUCCUGGCCUACUUCGACAGCGGGGGCUCCGAGCUCCUCUACGAGCUCCGCCUGCUCAGUGCCUCGCAGAGGGUCGCCGCCGCCCGCCAGGUGGUGGAGGGCCGACUCGACGCGAAGGCCGCCCAGGAGCUCGCCAGGGCCAUGAAGGACUUCCCUCGCCGGCAGAGCGACGAUGGUUGGGAUUCCUUCUCGAGGGAGUCGCCGGGAGACUGCCUGGCCUUCAGCUACUUCCGGCAGAGCAGGGAAGCCAUCUCCGACUCCGAACGGAGGGUGGCGCUCGAGAAAGCACUGGAGGCUGUGGAGACGGAAGUGGCGAGGAAGAGGUUGGAGCAGGAGCUGGAGAAGAAGGCCGGCGGCGCUGACGCAGAGGAGGCGGCCGAUGAGGUCUCGAAGUACAGCGUCCCGGUGGUGCGAAUGAAGUACGGCGAGGUAGCGGAGGCCACCUCCGUGGUGGUGCUCCCGGUGUCUGAGGCCGGCGAGGGUGACGAGGGCGUGGCGACGGCGCCGGCUUGCAGGACGGACGGGGACUUCGGUGUCUUGACCGCCGACAAGGCGUGGCGGAGGUGGGUGGUGCUGCCGCGGUGGGAUCCGCUGGCCGUAAUCGGCGAGGGCGGCGCCGUGGCGGUGGGUUUCCCCGAUGCGAGAGUUCUACCGUGGCGGACGAACCGCUGGGAGCGGGAGGAGCCGGUGCUGGUGGUGGCGGACCGCACUCGGAAGGUGGUGGAGGAGGAGGGGUUCUACCUGGUCAGCCGAGUGGGCGGAAUGGCGGUGGAGAGAGGCAGCAAGCUGCUCGAGAUGGACGUGGAGGCCCUGGGCACCGUGGUUCUGGUGGUGCGCCCCCCAAAGGACGAGUUCGACGAUCAGCUGCAGGACGAGGACUGGGACUAG